UUGCGGCCUGCAGCGCGGUGGCAGGAGUCGAGUCGAUUAACUUUUACUGUUUGUGAUGAGUAUUUGUUUCUCCUUUGCUGCUGCUGACUCUUCUGCCACGCUGUGCUAGUGCUUCUGUGCCGGCAACAGAUCGGGAGUGUAGAGCAAAAAUCAGAGACAAAUGGUUUCAGUUGUAAAUUGACAUCACUGCGAGCAGCUCCUGAGGAGCUCCGUGUCGAGUCGAGCCGAACGAGCGCCUAAGCCAAAGAGUAAAGAGCACGCCGCCUUGCGUUUAUCGUUAUUCGUUCGUGGUUCCGUGGCCUACUGUGGGGUUGCGACCGGUCGGGAGUGGAUUGCAGCUUGAUGCUCCUCAAUCGUCGUUAAUAGCCGGAUAAAUUGACAUUGAGUGCUUUCUGGGGUCGGGGAAUUGCCUGUUGUCUCCCGCAAAGAGACAGUGUGCACAGUUGGAGUACUUAACAACACACAGUGUUUGAAUCGUUCUACAAAGGAGAGGUUCUGAGCUGAUUGAAACCGUGGAACUGAAGCAUUUAUGACGACCCCAAUCGUUUGCUGUGCGGUGGAAAUUGAGUGCGAACGCGCAGUGAAUAAUUAUUGAAAACGGUUUCAAGUGAAAUUGUGCGAGAAAUAAAAACCCCGAAGGACCAUGAAUCGCCGGUUUGGAUAAAUACCCACCAUAAGGAAAUUGCAGCGCAGCAGCAGCACAGAGACAGCGAUCGCCUUCAUCAGGAACCGCACACAUAUCCGUAGAAUGCUGCUAACCGCUCAUCACUGACCAGAAGUUCCUCCUUCCAUAAACAAUAGGUGACCAAAGACUUCUCUCCGAGCGACAGCCGUGGCAUCCGUUGACCGAAAUGACCCAGGCUGAAGAGGUUCGCGAAGUGAACCAGGUGUGCAUAACCAACGCUCCAGAUCUCCACACCCGGGCGGCGCAGGUCGCCGAUCGAAAAUCACCCCCUCAACCCCCGCUUCCUUCGUCUUCCCCAUCCAGCGAUCACCGAAACGGCGGUGGUGGCGGCGGCGAAGAGUCCCCGUGGCACCACACUAGUACAAAUCUGGAUGGCAUUUUCACCUCCACCAACUGGUCCAGCAAUGGCAAGUGGCAUCCGCACGUGUAUGCCAAUCCACCGAAGCAGCCCACUCCGCACUCCAUCAUGGAUAUUCUGGGCUGGAAGGGAUCUACGGCGAAGACGGUCGAAUCGCCCAUCGUCAGUAACAACCACAACCACAUGGUGCCAUAUCUGCUGCAAAGCCUCAACGCGACGCCACCGGCGCCGACGACAACGAAGGAAGACAACGACGAUCAACCGCUGAAUUUGUGCAUUUCGAAGUCUUCGGUGCAGUCUACGACGGAGCGGGUGUUCGAGAAACACUUGGAAGAAGAAACCACCCAGGAAUCGGUGCGGUCGAUCAGUCGGGAACGAACCCAUUCAACGGACGCCGAGUCGGAGAUUUACGGGUCAAACGAGUCGCAGCACUCGCUGAAGGAUUCGUCCUCGACGAGUGGUGCUGGGCUCAAAGGAGGCGUCGGAAAGAAGAACAGCCGAGCCGAAGUGCUAGAUCUCGGCGAAGGGGAUGGUGAUGACAGCCAGCAGGAUGGGGCCAGUCGGCGGAAGAAGAAAGCCCGAACGACAUUCACCGGGCGACAAAUCUUCGAGUUGGAAAAGCAAUUUGAGGUGAAGAAAUACCUCUCGUCGAGCGAGAGGACCGACAUGGCCAAGCUGCUCAAUGUAACAGAGACGCAAGUAAAAAUCUGGUUCCAAAAUCGCCGUACAAAGUGGAAGAAGCAAGAUGGUGAAUCAGCGGCAGGUCCCACAAGUUCAACGAAGGAGUCUAAGGCGCCCAAAACUCCAUCACCUUCUCCACUAACCCUUUCAUCCCCCACUCCUUCCUACCCAGCCGCUUCCUCCUCCUCAUCCUCCUCCGCCUAUUCUCCUCACCCCGCUCCAGACAUCCCCACAAACCUCCAACCGGCCAAACUACCAACUAAGCAUUUCCCCAAAAACAGUGCCAAAGUGCGCCGGUCCAAAUCCGGCGAUGCCAUUGCUUCCGAUCUCCCUCAAGAACCUCUGAUCCCGAAAGCACCCACAAAGGACCCGAAAAAGUUCCUCGCCCCGCUAGAUGCUUCCCUCCCAUCGCCCUUCGCUUCCAUUCUCGAUCGAACCGGAAGUCCCUCCAACGACGUGGAAUCCCGAAUUUCCGCCUCCAAGAUAUCGCUGGAUGCCAUCUGCAACGCCACCAACUUCCUGAUGAAACCUUCUCCCCCGCCGAGCAGCUCCCUUCCCCCACCACCUCCUCCGUUGCCCAGUGAUCGAUACUUGCCGCCGAAUGACGGCACUAUGAACGACAUAACCGACAUGGAGUAGCGUGAUUCAACAAAUUGAUGGAAGUUCAUCCCAUAUGCAAUACUCAUCAUCAUCGCCCUUUUCGGGUGCAGUGUUUGUGUGCUAUCUUCCCUAGUUCCCAUCUUCCGACGAACAGAAACAGAAAGUCAUUUAAAAUACCAACCAUGUAGCUAUAUUAGGUAUAUAUGCCCCUUAGGAUUAAGUCGUUUCGAAUUAGAGUUGAAAAUGAUCAUCAAACAAAUUACAGCAGUGAGAGAUUAUCAAUAAUAAUUAAUGAAAGUGAUUGAAUA